AGCAUGCUUUAAUUUAACCAGAAACAAUGAUUUGGCGCUGCGUCAUUUGUUAUGUAUUUGUGGCUCUUUCUCUCAAAUCUUUAUUGAGUCACAUCAAUUUUGCACAUAGUCGUAGUCCAGAUUUCCGCCUGGUUUGUGGAAUAGAUGGGUGCACUAAAGAGUACAGAGUCUACAACUCUUUUUGGUAUCACAUCAGACGAACACACUCACAAUAUCUAGAUGGCGUGGGUAGCAGAUCACAUCGGAGAGAGAGGUCAGCCAUUGAACCUAGAAGAACAGUGAACGGCAACAACUUGUGGGCAUAUAAUGUUAGUGGACCAACAGCGUUGGAUACUCAGGAUACUCGCAACUCAAGUAACAGUUCGGAUAAUGAAACGACAUUGGGUAGUAAUGUGGAUCUACAACCGUCUCUUUCUGAUCCUGUGGAACAUUUUGUUGAUUUUGAUGCGUUUGACACUGGUGAAACAGUUUUCGCUGGCUUAAGCAGUAACACCGUUUUACAGUCGCCUCAGAACCCGGACCCGCAGGAUGUACCGAAUGAAACCUCGGAUUCGAAUCCCUCUCUACUCGGUCCAAACAGGCCUUCAGAUGACUCCUGUUCUUCACGCCUCCCCCAAGAAACCACGAAUGAUGAAUUAUCGAGUGAUGAUGUGCUAUCCAGACAUGCCACUUCUAUUGUGAUGACUGCUAGAGAGAAACAUCAUCUCUCACAGAGCGGUGUGAAUGAUGUUGUGGCAGCGGUUCAAGAGUAUCAAGCUCAGUUACUGAACAGCUUGAGGAGUCAGCUACAAACAGUAUUCCACAGACAUGCAGGAAGUGAACUUCAGCAAGAAGCUUUGGGACUCUUUGACUCCUUUAAAGAUCCAUUUGCUGCAGUUUCAACAUCAUAUAGACAGGACAGUGUCAUAAAAGAAAAAUUCAAUUUUGUGGAAGCAGAAGAGGUUUCAGUUGGAUUGGCAGUAUGUUGUCAGAAAAGAGAUAAAAGAAGAGAUCUCGCCAUAAAAAACAAAUGUUUCCAUUAUAUACCCCUGAUAAAGAGUCUUGAACAAUUACUGUCUCAUCCAAAAGUCUUUGCCAUGAUAAAUAGUGGAUCCAAGAAAUGCAGUGGUGGAUAUUUUUAUGACAUCAUAGAUGCUGAACUCAUGCUGUCACACCCUUUAUUUUCUUCUAGACCCUCUGCUUUACAGAUAAUCCUUUAUUCGGAUGAAAUCGAAAUUUGCAAUCCCCUUGGGUCUCAUGCCUCAAAGAAUAAAUUGCUCAUGUUUUACUACACUUUGGGAAACAUUAAUCCAAAGUACAGGUCAAAAUUAGCUUCAAUCCGCCUUCUUGCCAUUGCGAAGCAUAGUGAACUCUCAGAAUGUGGAGUUGAUGCCAUAUUGGCAAGAUUGCAUGAGGACUUGGUAAAGCUAUAUAAUGGUGUGAAAAUUCAUCUGGCAAGUGGUGAACAUGAACUAUAUGGAGCAGUGGUUUCCAUUUGUGGAGAUACUUUAGCUCAACAUGAGUUGUGUGGAUUUAAAGAGGGCGUGGGCUUUGCGUACAGUAAAUGCAGACAUUGUGAAUGCUCUUUUGAGGACAUGCAAAUGUUUUAUAAUGAAGAUAACUUUGAGCAAAGGACCCUACAAAGACAUAUUCGACAGUGCAGUGACAUUGAGAAAGCCAGCACUGAGUAUCUCAGGAGUAGCCUUAAAACUACAUACGGAAUAAACCGAAGGAGCAAAGUAAUGGAUUUCCCUGCCUUCAAUUUAAUCCAACAAACACCUCAAGAUAUAAUGCAUGUCAUUCUUGAGGGCAUUGCUCCUUUGGAAAUUAAGUGUAUGUUGAAACAAUUGGUUCUUUUGGGACAACUGAACCUAGAUGCUUUCAAUUCUGAUAUCAUUGGUUUCCCAUACUCUCCACAAGAUACUAGAGAUAGACCUAGCCCUAUUGCGUACAGUACAUUAGCUUCCAAUGACAACAAACUGAAACAGUCAUCAGGUCAAAUGCUUGUUUUACUCAAAAUAUUGCCAUUUCUGUUGGAUGUGAUUAGAGGUACUGCUUAUUUAUCAUUCAUUCUUGAGCUUCUGGAGAUAGUUCAAAUUUUGUUUUCACCUGUUAUUUGCCUUGAGACUAUUGACAAGUUGAAAGUACUUAUUGAACAGCAUCUUAAACAUUUAAAGGACCUUUUCUCAGAGAACAACAUUACACCUAAACAACAUUACUUGAUUCAUAUUCCAUCCCAGAUUAAACUGUUGGGACCGAUGCUACGUCACAUGUGCAUGAGAUUCGAAUCCAAACAUUGUUUUUUUAAAAAAUGGGUUUCAAAAGUAAAUUUCAAAAAUGUCUGUAAGUCCUUGAUUAAGCAUAACCAAAUGUUUGAAUGCUGUCAGAAUGUAAACAGUUCCGACCACCCUAUUUUUACCAGCGAAUGUGUAUUGGGACCAGUAUCAGAAGUAAAAAACAUGCCAUAUUUAAAAGGAAAAGUAAGGGACUACUUUGGAGUUGAUCAGAUAAGUCAUGCAGUGUCUGUUAAGUGGAUUACUUUGAAUGGUAACAAAUACAUUCGUGAAAAAUCAUUACUUGUGUGUAUGGCAAAUGCUAGUAGCCUACCUGAAUUUGGACUUGUGAAGAACAUAUUUGUCAUAAAUUCAUCUUUGUAUUGUUUUGAGUGUCAGAUGUUCAGUACAGUCUGUUUUGACAGAGACUACAUGUCUUAUAAAAUUGAGGUUCCCAACCUGGCAGAGGCAACUGAACUGGUAAAUGCAGACAACCUUGUAGACGUCACACCGUAUUACAGUUUCAGUCACAGGGACAUUACAUAUGUCCCUAUGAAGUAUUACCUUGGAGAUGUAAUUGAAUUACAUAAAGCCUCAAAUGUGUGAGGCAGUUAUGGGGUGUGUUCUAUAAAUUACAAACUACUUUGGCCUUAUUUAUUUUUUUUGUCUUUCAUUUAUCAUUGUGAUGUUUUGAAAUAUUCUUGGUUCAAAACAAGCUAAGCUCAAUCAACAGUAGAAUGUUGAUCAAACCUUUUUAAGAAGAAAAGAAAAAAAAGAUUGUAUAACGAUGCAUA